AAGCUUUUGUUUCCGAUGUGAUUUUGUUUGAAAACAAAAAAGUGUUUUGCUGCAAUUUGGUAUUACUUGCGGGACGUACAACUUAUUCCAACAAUAUGGCUUAAAAAAAGAUUGUGCAAAAUCUUUUGCACACUUCUAGGAAUAUUUAGAACCUGAUUUGUUCUGCUGUUAGUGGUGUAUCAUGAGGCCUAUAUUAGUAAAAAGAAUCCUAAAACCUAGUGAACAAUGAAUGGGAAGGUGAUACCUGGAACUCCUAUUGCUGUAGACUUCUGGAAAAUAAGGGAAUGUCCCAACGCCAGACUGUUUUUCCUGACCCAUCUCCAUGGAGAUCACACCGUGGGACUUUCAUCCUCAUGGCAACACAAAAUAUACUGCUCGGAAAUCAUAGGGAAUUUACUGGAGGAGCAGUACGAGAUCGACCCCUCCCAGGUCUGUCCGUUAGAGACGGGAUGCAGUCACAUCAUGUACAUUGACACAGAUCAAAUUGAGCAGAUGACCGUGACUGUAAUAGAUGCUCACCAUUGUCCUGGCAGUGUCAUGUUCCUCUUUGAGGGAUAUUUCGGUAAAGUUUUAUACUCAGGGGAUUUUCGUUUUGACUCAAACAUGAAAGAUGAUCCACUGAUAGAAAACUUGUCUGGUACAGAUGUUGUAUACUUAGACAAUACUUAUAACUCUCCAAGAUGUGUGUUUCCAUCCCGAGAAGAAAGCCAGAGGAUAAUUUUAGAAAUUAUUCAUAGCCAUGAAGAGUUCAGUGUAAAGAUUGGAUUGAGAAACUUAGGAAAGGAAGAUCUCUUAGUAACAAUUGCUCAAGAUCUUCAGGAGUGGAUCAAAGUCAGCCCUGCCUUCUUCCAGGUGGCGGAAAUCUUAGAUCUUCCAGAUGUUUUUAUCACAGGAGAAACGGAUGCAAGAAUUGAAGUUGUUCCCUUUUACUCCAUCUCCAACAAAAAUAUUGAGAGGUGGAACAAGGAACAUCCUACAAUAGCUAUUCUUCCUACCUCCCUCUACACAGGAUUAGAGAUGAGUCCUUUCUGUAACCAGGACAAUGUGUUCAUUGUUCCCUAUUCUGAUCACAGCUCAUUUGAUGAGCUCACCGACUUUAUUAAGCUUGUCAAACCAAGGUCUGUUUAUCCUAUAAUUAAUGACAUGACCCGAGGUCCUUUUGGAAUAAGCAUUUCAGAUCGGGCAGAUGUCUCAGUUUUCAAACCUUAUCUCAGCAGUCCAAGAAAGAAAAAUCCUGAAAUUCCUGACAGUGUCAAGAGAUGGAUGUUUGGGAAUCGAACUCUACCUCCCUCCAGACCGCUGAACAAGAAACCGCUUGCCUUAAAAAGGAAGAGAUCUCUACAGAGCUUAAAGAGAGGAGUCCAUUUUGAUGAUUCAAUGGAGGAUUUUUCUGAAGAGAAGACAAAGAAGAAGAAAAUUCUCAACAACAAAGGAGGUGAUGAUAAAAAAUCUGGACCAGAGGAUAAAUGUGUGCCUACAGCAUGUGGGCAAAAUGUAGGACAAACUUCCGAUAAGGAAAAUUCAAAGGGAGAAAACUCUAAGAAUUCAUCUCGUAAAGAUAUUACAAAUCCUAAGAAAAAUAAGGUGGAAAAACUUAAAGUUAAGUUCAGUUGGAGAAGUGAAAGUGAAAGAAGAUCUGAAACAUCCUCUGAGCAUGUACAAGAAUAUGAAAGACAUGAAGCAUCUUCCAAUAUGGAGUGUGUAAGAGAACAAGGGGAAAAGGAGAUAGAAAGGGAAAAUUCGCCACAAGGGAAAAAACAUUCGUUAAAAAACUUUUUAAUGUAUGUACUGGACACAGACAUACCAGAAAUCAGGCAUGGAAAAUAA